AUGAUAGACCCGAUAGACCUCUCCAAAGCCAUCGGAAUUGUAGUUCCCCAACACGAAAUCGAGGAAGCUAGGCAAGAUAACGCGCCGACCAAUGGCGAGAACGGCAGAGGUUCUGUGAGUGCAGAUUUUAUAUCCCACUGGAGCUCCUCACCUUCAUUGGGAUACUGUCGGGCCAAAUCGGAGACGGUCUUCAUCAUAACUGAACCAGUGUUCCGAGGACGUGGGCCAGACACGCUAGUGCAGAAGCUUCAUGGAUUUACACUCGUCCUAUACGGUCGAUGGGCCGACGAGGAGAUGAGGCGAUCGAAAAGAGGACGAAACAUAGCCUCCUUCAAGGCUUGUUCUGCUCUUCUUUUCAGAUUUAACUCUCGGAUUCCCAGCAUACGGUUAGUAUACCCUGGACUUGCCUCUGCAACCGGUAUUCGAGCUUCUCUAUCAUCAGAGAUCCUCCAUCUUCUAGCAGUCUUACAGCACACUCCCUUUCCCUGA